UAUGGAAUCCCACAAAGAUAAUGUGUGGUGAGCCAAGCAGCACCACCCCACUCCACCUCACCCCCAAAAAUGAAAAGAUCACCCUCUAUAUAAAGAAUCACAUAACUUACAACUUUUCUUCAACACAAACAAGUCUUUAUUGAAAAUCAAAACAAAACCACUUCAAGAAACUUCAUUGAUCCUCCCCUUCCAUAGAACCAUUCAUUCUUCUCUAAACAUCAACCUUUAAGUUUAAGUCUUAUUCAUAUAGAUUAAAGCAACCGUUGGAGGGAAGGCAUCAGUCAGAAAGAAGGGCAUUAUUAUUAAUAUACCAUGAGGAGCUCUACAAGAAGGAUUCCGAGUAAAGGAUUUGGAGGUGUGCUUAAAGAGCAGAAAGCACGACUUUAUAUUAUUAGGAGGUGUGUGGUUAUGCUUCUUUGCUAUCAUGAUUGAUUGAAUUGUUCUCAUGUUAUAUCUUGGUUUGGGAUAUUGUAUAUAUAUAGGAAAAAUGAUGGCACGAAAGCUUCAACAAUUUUGUAACCAGAUAUCAUUGUAUUUCAUUUGUUCAAAUGUAUAUUAAUAUAUUAGAUAAGCUUAAUUCCUUA